UUUGAAACAUUUCAGUUUAAUACAGUGUCCAGUAACAACUAACUAGUGAUAAUAAUUUAUGAACCUUACAGUUAUUAGUAAGAAAGUAAACACGAGUAAAAUGUUAUAAAUCAACAUAUUAUGUCCGUAGUAUUGUACCAAGUUCACUUUCAAGUGCAUAAAUUGUUCCGUAGCCCGCACUUAAGAAAUAAAAAGUUAUGUCAGUGUAUACAUUAACUGGUCUACUGAGAUGUGUUAGGAUUUGUCCGGUAAAGUAUUAUUAUUGUACUGUGAGCAAUAAAAGAGAAACCAACAGAACAAAAUUGAAAAAAGAUGACAAAGAAAAUAAAAUAAAAUUAUUAGUUGACAAUGGAAUGCCUCAAAACGCAGUAUAUAAUAAUGAAUGGCUUUUUAAUAUUGAAUAUAAUAAUUUAAAAAAUGGUUUCAACUUGUUAAAACAAUGGAAUCCUGAGAAAAUGGAAGAUUUGUAUGUACUUCUCCAGAUGCCUAUGACAAAAUUGAUAUAUUUCACCAAAAAAAUAGCAGAUGAGUCUGAAAUAACAAUGCCUUAUAGAAAUCGAGUAUAUUUUUUUGUGGACAAUUUUAAGAAACACCCACAUACUGUAUGUCAUCAUAUGAUGCAGCACACAUUUUUGUUCACACGCAAGUUUCCAAUUAUGAAUAAUAUUUAUAACAUUUUAGUUGAAAACAAAGUACAAAAAGAAGAUAUUUGGAACGAUGUAUGGGUAUUCAUGUAUAGUAUAAAUCAAAUAGAACAACGCAUGGCUCUCGCAAACGCAGCAAAUGUAAAUAUUAAACCUUGGAUGGUACGCUGUAAGAACGAAGUGUUUGAAAGAACUGUAGAAAUUAAACAAAACAACCGAGUGGUGCUGAAUAAAAAUUCUACUGCUCAAUAUCUAGCCAAAAGACUGCAUGUAGACGAAAAAUAUAUAUAUCGAAUUAGUGAAAAAUAUCCUUCAAUGCUUAGAGUAAGUCCUACCAAGUUGAAAGAGCUAUUGGAUUUUUUGUUAAAUGAAGGAUUCGAGCCAAUGGGUAUACUAAGUAUUCCUCGGGUAUUUACUCACAGCAUUACCACCUUACAAGAGCGAUUGAUCGAGCUAAGAGACCUUGGUUAUGACCCAACAGUGGCUGCAUUAUGCAAAAAUAAAACUUCGUAUCAAGAAUUAGUUGAUAAAUUAAUUUUGAAGAAUACAAACGAAUUAAAAAAACCAUAAAUAGUUGUAUUUAAUAGUUAUAUCUAUAUUUAUGUACAAGGUAAUUGUUUUAAUUUUAUACUUUAUGUGUUAUCAUCUGGUAUUUGAUUUAUUUUACACGUUUGCAUGUGAAACUAAUAAAUAAAUAACUAUAUUUUUUUAAAACAUAUUCUCGUGGUACACACAUAGUUAAGAGAGGCAUUUGUCUUUGAAUUAAAAUCUCAAGUCAUGUAAAGUUGUACAAAUAAGACCUACUAAAUGUCUAGGGCAAAUGUUUUUUUAUCUAAAUUAUAAUUUUAAAAUAUUACUCAUGUUUCAAUCUUCUUUAUAUUGUUAUAAUAUUUAUAGAUAUUCUCCCUUGAGCAAAAAUAAUAUUCCCUCUUAUCGAGAAUCAGUCUUUGGUUUAAGAUUAAUGCAUUUUUUCAAUUGUAUUUCUAUUUGUAUACUAUACUUAAUUAUAAUAUAUAAAUAUUUAAUUUUGUAAGAACAUAACCUACAAAUUUUUAAUAAGAACUAUAAAAUAGAGAUCUGUAGCAUUGACUAUUAAAAUCAUGAUUUAGAGGCAUUUUCUGUUCAACUUGUUUCUGUAGUAAGAUUUUUUAAUAAGGGACUCGCAACUGUCCGAAGGCAUGGAGUGUUCAUUGCUUAAUAUAGACGAUCUUUUUUUGUUGAGUGCACAAAAGCUUUUGGUGCUUGACGUUUCAUUUGCUUUAUUUUUCCGUGCUUGCGUGAUUGCCCUUUUAGUUUCUUUGACCACAUAUUUUGCCUAAAAAUAUCAGUAAGACAUCAUAUAUUUUUUACGCUGUUUGUGAGAAUUUUUAAAGUCUUGGUUUUUAUUAACAAAAUUUAGUUUUAUGUAUAAUAUUCUAAAUUGAAAAACGGUAAUCUAAUCAAAAACUAUUAAACUAAUUGUUGCAUACUCAAUGAUCAUGAAAGACAAAAAUCUCAAAAGUUCUCCGGGAAAUAAUAUAAAACCAUUCAGAAAUAUUAGUAUUUGUGAAAUUGUGAAUAAUUUGUUUGUAAGUAUGAAUAAUAUUUACUUCUGAACAAGAACAAUUAUCCGUUUGUCUCGCUAAAGAGUUUUGAGAGCGACGGGAGCUAAUAUUGUUGUCGUUCUUCGCUAAACAAGCCAGUCGAUUGGCGUUGUUUGUGAUUUGAGUUAAUAUUCCGUUUACACAAUCUGUCUGUUGUGGUAUCCAUUCUUCACAGACUUCCCUGAAACAAGUCUGUACGAUAUUUAUUUAUGUAUUUUACUUGGCUAAGUGCAAAUUUCCAAUCUUUCUGAGACAGUUUUGUUAGAAUUUUUUAUGUUAGUACAAUUGUAUGUAGAGUCAAGAAUUUAUAAAGUCUAUUGUUAUUCUAUAUCUACAAUAAUAACCAUUAAUAACACAGUCCCAUAGGCGGACUUAGGGGGGCUUUAGUCCCAGACAAUAUUUAGACACUGAUGUAGCAUACAAAAUCUUUAUUUUUCGUAAAUUUUCCGCUUUAAUAUGUGUGGGCAUG